AUGGUACAGCGGGAAACAAUAAUACUGGACAAUGGUGGCUAUACCAUGAAAAUAGGGACGAGCCGAGAUCUAGAGCCAAAGGUCAUACCUAACUGCAUUGCUAAGGCGAAGACAGAUAGGAAACGAGAAUUCGUUGCUGAUGAGCAGUCGGAAUGUGUUGACAAGACAGGACUGUUUUAUGUAAUGCCAUUUGAAAGAGGUUAUCUAGGUAUGUUUGACAUUUUUCGGGCCGCCUAUUCUCUCCAUUAGUA